AUGGUGACCACGCGAACAUGUCUUUGUUGUUCUGGAGGAAGAUGGUCAGCUCCAUCUUCUCGUCUGGGCUUAGGCGCGAGCCGAUCCGCGCUUUCUUGUCUGGCUGGUGAGGAUCGAGGGGUACUAACUCAACGUCUUCCUCAGGCUUCCAACCUUCUUCAAGGGAGCCUUCCGGGCGGAUUCCCUCAUCUCGAUCCUUCUUGGUUGAAUUCUGGCGCGAGCCGAUCUGCGCCUCCUUCUCUGGCUGAUCAGGAUCGUGGGGUACUAACUCAACGUCUUCCUCAGGCGUCCAACCUUCUUCAAGGGAGCCUUCCGGGCGGAUUCCCUCGUCUCGAUCCUUCUUGUUCGGAUUCUGGCACGAGCCGAUCUGCGCCUCCUUCUCUGGCUGAUCAGGAUCGGGGGGUACUAACUCAACGUCUUCCUCAGGCUUCCAACCUUCUUCAAGGGAGCCUUCCGGGCGGAUUCCCUCGUCUCGAUCCUUCUUGUUCGGAUUCUGGCGCGAGCCGAUCUGCGCGUCUUUGUCUGGCUGGUCAAGAUCGGGGGGGUACUAACUCAACGUCUUCCUCAAGCUUCCAACCUUCUUCAAGGGAGCCUUCCGGGCGGAUUCCCUCGUCUCGAUCCUUCUUGUUCGGAUUCUGGCGCGAGCCGAUCUGCGCGUCUUUGUCUGGCUGGUCAGGAUCGGGGGGUACUAACUCAACGUCUUCCUCAGGCUUCCAACCUUCUUCAAGGGAGCCUUCCGGGCGGAUUCCCUCGUCUCGAUCCUUCUUGUUCGGAUUCUGGCACGAGCCGAUCUGCGCCUCUUUGUCUAGCUGGCCAGGAUAA